GGGGAAGAAUUGGAUUCGUAGCGAAAGAGAGAUAGAAGAGAAGGAAGAAGAUGUCGGGAAUGGGGGACGGGUACGUGGGCACGUCACAAGAUGGGGUGAGGAUACGGAGGCUGCAAAAGCAAAGAGAAGCUGAACGGCGUAAGAUCCAGGAGCUCAAGAGCAAGACUGCCUCCGGUCAGGAACAAUCAGGUCUUCUCCAAUUCGGCUCCAGCUCUUGCGAGAUUCUUGACACUGCUUUCAAGAAGGAAACGGUGGGUUUAGUCACCAGAGAGGAAUAUGUCGAGAAGAGGGUUAAUAUUCGUAAUAAGUUUGAGGAAGAAGAGAAGGAGAAGUUGCAGAAGCUACUCCAAGAGGAAGAGGAGCUUCAACAACAGAAGCGUAACAAGAAGAGAAAGAUCAAGGGAAGCUCCCGCUUAUCUUUUGCUGAAGAUCUUGAGGAUGGCUCUGAUGAAGAUGAUGGAGAAAACAAGACAGCGAACUUACGUUUUGGAAAACUUGGCAAGGACCCCUCAGUGGAAACUAAUUUCCUGCCUGACAGUGAGCGGGAGGCGGAGGAACAAGCUGAACGUGAAAGGCUAAAGAAGCAGUGGACUCGUGAACAAGAGCUGAUUAAAAACGAGCCUCUUCAGAUUACUUACAGUUACUGGGAUGGGACGGGCCAUAGACGAGUUAUCCAGGUUCGAAAGGGUGACGCAAUUGGGAAUUUUCUAAGGGCAGUUCAACAGCAGCUUGCCCCAGACUUCCGGGAGAUACGGACAACAUCAGUUGAGAAUUUGCUAUACGUAAAAGAAGAUCUUAUAAUCCCACAUCAACACAGUUUCUACGAGCUGAUUAUAAACAAGGCUAGGGGAAAGAGUGGACCGCUGUUUCACUUUGAUGUGCAUGAAGACGUGAGAACAAUUGCAGAUGCAACGAUCGAGAAAGACGAGUCGCAUGCGGGGAAAGUGGUGGAGAGGCAUUGGUACGAGAAGAACAAGCAUAUAUUCCCUGCUUCCAGAUGGGAGAUUUACGACCCGACAAAGAAGUGGGAACGGUACACAGUCCAUGGGGAUUGAUUGCUAAAUUGGAUCACUUGGAAUCUUGUUCACAUGAUGACCGAUGAUUUAUCAGAUUUGGUGGUGUACUAGUAGUGGAAUUCUCAUGAAACUUUUUUUUAUUAUCGCUCCUCCAUGAUACCAUUACUUUCUGUCUCUCUUUAUUAAAAAAAACAAAAGAAAAACAACUUGUUUCUAUUUUAGUUUUGAUAUUUUUUAUAUGAUGUAUUUGCGUUAAGUUCAUGUUGAGGACAGAAAUUAAAAGAAUGUUGAAACAAAUAAUUAUGUGAAUCGAU